AUGUCGGGCGACCAGCGAGGCGGCGGCUUUUACGCUACGGUGCGCGUCAUCUCCACGGCGGCAAAGAACGGCGGAUACGACGACAGCGGACGGUGGCGGGACGGCGACGUUACGGCGGAUGCGGUGGUGGCGAGUGGUGACAAACCGGUCAUUCUAACGUCACGCGCGGGGCCCGUCCGCGACCGGCAAAACUUAACUUGGGCACUUGGCACUUCCUACGACGGCGAUCGCGUAAAGUCGACCCGUCGUCGAGCGGCGGGUAAUACGCGAUAA